CCUCGGCCGGGCGGCGGCAGUCCCCUCUGGUGCAUGUGUCAAGUUGAAGAAGUAAACCGGGAGAUUAGAAAGUAAUGUUGUAGGUCAUCUCAGAGUUCACCUCCACUCCGCUUUCAGGGAAGGAGGGCGCCCAGCCGGACCCGGCGCGGCUGCCAUCGCGCACCCGGGCUGGCGCGCCCCGCGAGCCGCCGCUCCUGCGCCUCGGGGCCUUCCCCGGCCGUGGGAAAGGGAAGGGCGCCGGGCCGAGCCUCGGGCCCUGCGACCCCUCCGCGGCGCGGCGGGGCGGCGGGGGCCUCCGGCCGGGGCUCCGUGGAGGGAAUCCCGGCCCACACGUGGCUGGGAGCCAGAGGGGUGCUCGGCCCAGCCCAGACGCCUUCCAGGGCUCCGGCUGCAAUUCGCACCGAGACCUCCCUGAAAUGCGGCGCGGCUCCCUAACCUACCGUAACUCGCAAGAGGAGCCUGUAGCCUCGGCUUCUAGGAAGUGCACUCUCGGCCUUACGUUUCUGUUGAAAUGACUAGACAGUUCUUUGUGACCGCGUACUUUCAGAAAAGUCACCACUGCACAUCCCGAAAUUGAGAAGGAAAAACAAAAGCACAAUAUUUAUUACACUAAGGACUGAGAAAACGGGACAUGGGGUUCGCUCGAAUCAGCUUUAAAACGAAGCAGGCACAACUCUUGAUUCCAAAAGUGGAGAGAGCACGAUGAAGAAUUGUAGAUGGGUUCUGUGUUAAACCACAAGAGAACUCCUACUUUUAAAGCUUCAAUACUCCCAACGGGUUGGCGCGACGGACUUCAACGCGGAACCCAGAGGUAGCGGGUGCAGUCUUCCUGCCGGAAAUAGGGACAGUGGCAGCCUUCCCGACUACGCACGCGCAAUACCGCUUACCCAGGAUGGAAGCGGUGGGUAUUUUCUGUGUAGUAGCGGCAGUCCUUGCCUUGGGAUUCUGGGUUUGGGAUUCCCCGUUACGAAUGAAGAGCCAGAAGCAAGCACGCUUGCUGGGCGCUGGAGGCCGAAGUCUGCUGGUGAUCGCGCACCCUGAUGAUGAAGCCAUGUUCUUUGCUCCCACAGUGCUAGGCUUGGCCCGCCUAAGGCACCAUGUCUCCCUGCUUUGCUUCUCUACAGGAAAUUACUACAAUCAAGGAGAGAUUCGUAAGAAAGAACUUUUGCAGAGCUGUGAUGUUUUGGGGAUUCCAUCCUCCAGUGUAAUGAUUAUUGACAACAGGGAUUUCCCAGAUGACCCGGGAGUGCAGUGGGACACAGAGCGAGUGGCCAGCGUUCUCCUCCGGCACAUAGAAGCAAAUGGCAUCAACCUGGUGGUGACAUUUGAUGCAGGGGGAGUCAGUGGCCACCGCAACCAUCAAGCUCUGUAUUUGGCUGUGAGGGCCCUGCACUCAGAAGGCAAGUUCCCGAAAGGGUGUGCCGUGCUCACGCUUCAGUCUGUGAAUGUGCUGCGCAAGUACCUUUCUCUCCUGGACCUGCCCCUGUGCCUGCUCCACACCCAGGAUGUCCUCUUCGUACUCACCGGUGAAGAAGUGGCACAGGCCAAGAGAGCCAUGUCCUGCCACCACAGCCAGCUUCUCUGGUUCCGCCGCCUCUAUGUUCUCUUCUCCCGGUACAUGAGAAUCAACUCACUGCACUUCCUCCAAAGCCUUGAAGAACUUUCAGAUCCAAGGAACAAAGGGGGAAGAUAGGUCAGAAAUACAGGAGACCUGGCCUGGAGUAGCCUUUGCAAAAGGGAGCCCAUGCCGGCCAGGGGCUGUCCAGACUUGCUCCCCUGGGAUAAAACCCAAAGAACCCAAACCAAAACAACCUGAGGAUAAUAAUAGCUAGCCUGAUAGCUUCUCAAGUUCUUCUGAAAAAUGAUUUGCACGGUGACAGCAUUGUGUAUGUAAAAUCUGUCAGAGCCUGGGCUGGUCAUUGUUAUUACAAACGAACGUAAAAGUGCUCUGAAAACACUUCACAGACAUAAACACACACACACUAUAUGGAAUUAGUUCCACCACAGUUCCUUUGACUUUUCUUUGUUGCCUAUUUAUCAGAAUUUGUAUCUGAAGAAAACAUUCGUUUGACUGGCAGUCACUGACUGGAGUGUCCACAUGUGAUCAUUGCCAAGGGUGCUAUUUCAUACAGAGAUGGUUGUGUGGACCUGCCUCAGAGAGCUUGUGGUUGAAUUUCUGAGCUCUCAGCUCUCAAUCUUUUGGGUAAAGUAAGAAAUAGGAAGUGAAAUCUGGAAUUUUUUUUUUUUUUGUAGAGACAGAGUCUCACUGUACCGCCCUCGGGUAGAGUGCCGUGGCGUCACACGGCUCACAGCAACCUCUAACUCUUGGGCUUAUGUGAUUCUCUUGCCUCAGCCUCCCGAGCAGCUGGGACUACACACGCCCGCCACAACGCCCGGCUAUUUUUUUGUUGCAGUUUGGCCGGGGCUGGGUUUGAACCCGCCACCCUCGGCAUAUGGGGCCGGCGCCCUACUCACUGAGCCACAGGCACCGCCACUGGAAUUUUUUUUAAUGUUCAAGAACCUGAUGCCUUAUAGUGCUGCAUGUUGGGCAUGGUAGCUCAUACCUAUAUUUCCAGCAACUCAGAAGGCUUAGAAUUGCUUUAGGCCAAGAGUUUGAGAACAGCCUAAGCAACUUAGUGAGACUACCAUCUCUUAAGAAGAUGAAAAAAAUCACCCAGGUAUGGUGGCUCAUGCCUGUAGUCCCAGCUACUUGGGAGGCUGAGGUGGGAGAAUCACUUGAACCCAGGAAUUCGAGGCUAUAGGGAGUGAUGAUAACACCAGUGCACUCCAGCCUGCAUGAAAGAGCAAGAUCUUAUCUCAAAAAAUUUCUUUUCCUACAAACUAAAGAUCUCUGAAAGAUCUGGCUUGCAAAUGACUUUCCGAGUCCAGUUAAUGGUCCAGGGAAGUGGCCUAUGGAAGGGAUGCUUAGCAUGAAGAGCACAGGUUGGUUUGUUGUUUGAAGCCAGAAGAACCAGCAGGGUAAUCAUAGGCACGGCGCUGAACCUUUCUCUGCCUCAGUUCUCUCAUCUUCAGCAUAGGGAGUAAUGAUAGUCUCAAUCUUAGAGUUUGGAACUAGAAUGAUUCAGGAAGGUGACCAAGAGCACAGGUGUGCACUGCCUCCAGUGAGAACUCCCUCUGUCAGAGGAAGCCCUGAACUGCGCUCUCCACAGCAGCCAUUACAGAUCUGCUUGUUCAGCCUCUUCUCCCAAACUUGCUCUGCUUUGCUCCCUGUCACCAUUAUCUUGAAUGCCUCCUAGGAGCCAGGUGAGACUGACCGAACUAUUCCUGAAGCCGGAAUCAAAAAUGCAGAUCUGAUUGUUAAUCUCUCUACUUAAAAUUUGUCAACAGAAGGGCUGGGCACAGUGGCUCACACCUGUGAUCCCAGCACUAUGGGAGGCCGAGGCAGGUGGAUUGCCUGAGCUCACAGGUUUGAGACCCACCUGAGUCAGAGUGAGACCCUACCCCUAAAAAUAGCCAGGAGGUGUGCUGGGCACAGGUAGUCCCAGCCACCUACGUGGGAGGCUGAGGCAAGAGUAUCACUUAAGCCCUGGAGUUUGAGGUUGCUGUGAGCUAUGACACCACGUCACUCUACCAAGGGUGACAAAGUAAGACUCUGUCUCAAAAAAAAAAAAAAAAAAAAAAAUUUGUCAGCAGCUCCUAUAGCCUUCAUAAAGUGCAACCAGAAGCAAGUCACAAACACUGGCUAGAGAGUAGUGGGAUAGGCUGACUUCUGACCUGCUACUGUGAAGACUAACAUUGACCCUGCCUUUCUGGACAGCAGUUUUCUCCUGACCUAAGGAAUAUUUAGAAAGUCAAAAUGAAUACAUGGAGAUCAUCAGAGUAUUACUUACAAUAGCAAAACUGGAAAAAUCUAGUGAUGGGAUUAUAUUUUGAAACAAGGAAGGCCAGGCGAUGUGGCUCACGCCUCUAAUCCCAGAACUCUGGGAGGCCGAGGCAGGUAGAUUGCCUGAGUUCAUGAGUUAAAGACUAGCCUGAGCUAGAGUGAGACCCUGUCUCUAAAAAUAGCUGGGCAUUGUGGCCGGUGCCUGUAGUCCCAGUUACUUGGGAGGCUGAGGCAAGAGAAUUACUUGAGCCCAAGAGUUUGAGAUUGCCAUGAGCUGUGACACCACUGCACUCUACCCAGGGCAACUAAGUGAGACACUGUCUGAAAAAAAAAAGAAAAGAGAAAGGAAGGGAAGGGAAGGGAGAAAAGAGAAGAAAAAUAAGGAAAUACAUUUCCAAGGCAUAUUGUUAAGUGAUAAAAAGAUUUAGGACAGUCUUAGUGAGCAAGUUGUACCUCUGCACCACACACUUGUGUAGACAUGGGAGGUAUCUCUAGAAACAGAGCUUGCCUCUGAGGAAGACUUGGGUGAGAGGAGAGGAAUGGAUAUCUUUUGUCCUUCUGAAUUUUUGUACCAUGACUAUACAGUAACUGUUCAAAAGUAUUUUUACAUCUUUGAUGUUAGAAAGAUGUAUGGAAUUAUCAAUAGUUGCUCCUGGGUGGAAAUGUGAGACUUAUUUUCUGCCUCUUUGUUAUUGUUUUACUGUAUAUUCCAACUUUUUAAAAAGGUAAAUUAAUUAAAAGAUUAAUUAAUAAAUUAAUUAAAAAUAAA